AUGACGUAUUUUCAGAAUAAUGCAACAACUGACUGGCGGCUUCUUCUCAGCGAAGACGAAAGAAAGCAUAAUGUUGGUAGGCUUUAUAAAGGCUUAGAGCUCCUUAAUCGACCAAAUGUUUAUGCCCAACAAAGAUUCCACGCAUCGAAACAGUGGGAAAAUGAAUCUUACAAUAAUGCAAAUUCUAAGGACGAAUACAACCAACUGAUUGGAGCAAAGUUACGGGAUUUAACUAAUGAAAUACAACGAACCGCUCAAUUACGGCAACAACAGGCACAAAGGAGCACUGCGCCAUCGCAACAAUCUCAAGUCACUCAACAACAAGCGCAACAAGCACAAACUUUGCAACAACGACAACAGCAACACAUGUAUCAACAAUUAUUACAACAAAAUCCCGCUUUACAACAACAAAAUCAAAUUCAAAGGAUGCAACAGAUACAGAGAUCUCAGCAACAGCAACAACAGUUGCAAGCAACACCUCAACAAAUUGCAUCAGUACAAGCGAACAAUUUUAUUCGACCAGUAGCUCAGAUUCCAUCUUCACCAAAAUCCACCCAACCAGGGGGAGCUCAUCGUCCGAAUCUUUUACAACAGCAACAACUUAUGAUUAACUUGGGAUUUUCUCCUGACACGCAGUUAUCACCGGAAGUAAUGAAUAAACUUGGUGUUUAUAUGAGAAUGCAACAAGCUGCUCAACAGCAACAAGAUAAUAUGAAAGUUAACCAACAAGCUGUCGCUGGUAAUUCAAUAAAAUUGUCCAAUAAUGGUACGAUUCAAUCUCCUGUUAAUCAGAUGAAAGGACAAGCACCGUCUCAGAGUCCUGGAACUAUGUUUAUGAUGUCAAAUUCGGGACCUCCUAUAGCUAAUUCUCAUGGAAAUACACCUAAUCAAUCUCCUGCGAUCGUAAAUGCAUCUCCAGUACCGAUUCCAAAUAAAACAACACCUAAUUUAUCACCUAAUGCCGUUUCUAAUAAAAUGGCAGCAAGUUUAGGACAACUCAAACUACCUCAAAACAAGAUUGCAAGUCCGGCUGCUAACGUUGCACCUAACCCUGGAAUGAAAGUUUCAUCAGGUGUCGACAUUAAUACAAUUCAAAAUCUUGGAUUAAUGCCAGGUUUUCAAGGAGCUAUUACAACUAAUGGACGCCCAAAUGUAAUUACUGCUAAUGCUAAUACGAUUAUGUUAACCAAUAACAAUAAUCCCGCUAAUCAAGCUUCUAGUGGAGCAAAUGCAGCAGCGAUUUUGGCAGCUCAAAAUGCCAUGUUUGCAAAUGCAAGGCCUCCAAUGAACGCAGUUAGACCUAAACAUCCAAUUAUGCGUCCGAUGCUUCCUAUAAACAAUUCUACAGCACAAUCUGGGCAACUAGCAACUUUAUCCGAGAAGGAUGAGAAAGAAGCAUUAGCUAUGAUAAGUCAAAUAGAUAGUAAAACUAGAGAAAAAAGUAUUCAAUAUCACGAAAUUGACCUAUCAGAAGAUGAUAAAAGACAAAUAAUGAUAAAGUUAACAGAAUUGACUCCGAUGUACGAAAAGGUUGAUGAGGUAUUACCCUACUUUUGGCAUUAUACAAGAUCAAGUCAAGGGACAUCUCGUUUGUUACAUAUGAAAUACAUGAUAAAGGAUCAAUUAAAUGCAUUAAAAACUUCAAGAAGAUUUUUACUUAAAUUGGACCUUGUUGAAAAUUUAUUACAACAAUUCCGAAAAUAUUUUGUUUUCGUGGACAGUCGUAGAAGAGGUAUUGAAGAUACUUCAGGGUUACUUCCGAACCCACCCGUUCCUCCACAACAACCUCAACCUCAAAAUGUGAUUAGACCACCUAUUGACUUGAAGCUUCCAAUGCAGCCAAGAACCGGAGUCCAAGGUACAUCCAGUAACUCAUCAAUUCCACCAAGAAAACGACCAUCUGAACAAGAGGCACCGCAAUCAAAUAAGAAGCCGCAACAUAAUAAUGUUUUUAACCGACCUCCGUCAAUUAAUUCCAACCCUAUUGUAAUUCCGGACGAUACAAAACAAAUUACUUCAGAAAUUCAAGAAAUAAAUAAUUCAGAUAAAAACGGAAUCACUACAGAAGAUUAUCAUGCAGGCUCACAACUACUUGCUAAUAAAUUAAAAAGUAUUUCACCUCCGCGAGUAAUGCGUAGUGGUCCUACAAUGGCACAAAUUGAAUAUUCACCAUAUGAAGAAA